AUGGACGGUGGAGACAGCAUCAUCAGAUUCAUGGUCGCCUCUCGUUCGUUCCGGCACAAAUAGAAAACAAAGAGAGCGAAAACCAUAGAAGCAGAGAAAGCAAGCACUGAGAGAAACCAGCACAAAAGGAAAGAAAAAUGUCGUGGCAAACUUACGUGGACGAUCACUUGAUGUGCGACAUUGAUGGCCUGGGCCAGCAUCUUAGCGCCGCUGCCAUCGUCGGCCUUGACGGAAGCGUCUGGGCCCAGAGCUCUACUUUCCCUCCUCAGAUCAAGCCUGAAGAGAUCACUGGCAUCAUGAAAGAUUUUGAUGAACCAGGGCACCUUGCCCCCACAGGCUUACACUUGGGAGGCACCAAGUACAUGGUGAUCCAAGGAGAGCCUGGCGCUGUCAUACGUGGAAAGAAGGGAUCUGGAGGAGUUACCAUAAAGAAGACUAGUCAAGCUCUAGUGUUCGGUAUGUACGAGGAGCCUGUAACUGCAGGUCAGUGCAACAUGAUUGUUGAAAGUUUGGGAGAUUACCUCGUUGAUCAGGGACUGUAGGCCUGGCUCUAUCAUGACCGAGGCAUUUCUUUCUGGGGUUCAUAUAUGGCUUCUUUUCUUUUUUCCAUAUUAUCUUCCAGUUUGUUGUUUGGUUUUUGACUGUGAUUUCUUGAAAGGCCUUGAAUUUUGGUGAUAAUGUCGCUGACAGUAACAAUGUGAGAACUAAGGUGUUUGGUUUUUUUGAGUUGCAUUGC